AUGUCGUCAAAUAAAAGGAAUAGGGCAACUAACUUUACCUUUGAGGAAAAAGAACUGUUAUUAAAAUAUGCAAUUGAAAAUAAAUCUGUACUGGAAAAUAAAGUGUCCAACUCUGUGUCCUGGAAGGACAAAAACCAGUGCUGGUUAAAAAUUAGUGAAGCAUACAAUUCAACCACAUCAGGCUGUCCCAGAGAUGCUACAAGCUUGAGAUUAAAAUAUGAAGGAUUGAAAAGAUUAUUGAGAGGAAGUAAAAGUAAUUUAUUUAAGACUGGAGGUGGCCCUCAUGAAAAUGAUUAUACUUGCUCAAGUGAAUUAGAAAAACAAUUAUACAACAUAAUACAAUUGUCGGUUGAAGGGUUGCCUUCAAAAUUCGAUAGUGAUGCUGUAGUUAACAUAAGUAAUAUUGAUGAAGAACAUGAAGUUGAAAAUGAAAUAAUAGAUGAAUCUGCCGUUGAUAUGUUUGCUCAAUAUGAUUUUGUUUUUAAUAACAAUAAUGAAGAUCUUUCAACUAUUAUAGUUGGCCAAUCAGAUAAAGGUAUGGAAAAAGAACCAACUGUUGAAAAGAAUUGGGCACCAAUUGAUUUUACAAAAUUAUUAAAAUCAACUGGAAAGCAUCAAAAACUCAAUACGAAAAAAAAAAUGGAAUUAAUUGAAAUGCAAAAAUCAAUGUUGACAACAGAAUUAGAAUUUCUAAAAAACAAACAUGCUCUUGAAUUAAAAUUAUUGGAAUUGGACGUAUCAUUAAAAAAGCAAAAGUUGGAUAAUGACAGGAAAUAA